CCCGGAAGUUGAUAAUAGAGUGCUGCAUGUGAAGUAGCAUUUCAACCAUAUUUCAUCAGUUGAGCUGUAAACACAGAGAAAAUAAAUGGCAGAGAAAGAACCAGAAAAACCCACAAAGGAUUUAAAUCCAAUUUCAAAAAAUGACAAUGCUCAAUGUCAUCCUACAGACAAGGAUUCAAUGAAGCAGCAAGGAAGUUCAAAAAAGAAGGAUAAAAAAAAAGAAAAGAAACCUGGGUCACCACAUGAUAGCAAAAAAAGCCAAGGACAGACUGACAAAGGUCAAGGACAGACUGACAAAGGUCAAGGCCAUACAGACAAAAAUCAAACUCAUGUAAAUGCAGAGAAAGGUAAAGAUGAACAGAAAAAUAAGGAACAAGGUCAAACAGGAGAUGGAAAUGCACAGAAGUCGAAGGCAGAACUGAAAGCAGAAAGGAGAGCUAAACAGGAAGCACAAAGGGCCGCAAAGCUAGCAGCAAAAUCAGCAGGAGCAGGAAAGGACAGUGGUCAGACUGGAUCAGCACCAUCUGGUGUCACCAAAAAGGAACCAAAACGAGUCCCAGAUCAUCUCAAGGCUGAUGAUGCAGAUAUUCAGAAAAAGGUCGCCAAAAAAUUAGAAAAACAGAAAAUACCGCAGAGGACUUCAACACAGCGCAAAGUUCGCCUCUUCAAUCAUUUACACCAAUAUGAACGCCAGUCGUCCUUAACCAGCACUCUCAAGUUUUCUACAAAUAGUAGUAUCCAUCCAGCUGUAGUCAAGCUGGGAGUCCAGUAUGCUGAGGGAAUCAUCACCGGAUCUAAUGCCCGAUGUCUUGCCAUGCUCGCAGCAUUUAAACAGGUUAUAACUGACUAUACUACGCCUCCCCAGAAAGAAUUAUCCAGAGAUCUUGAAGCCCGUAUCAAACCUUACAUCAGUUUCCUGAACCAAUGUCGGCUGAUAUCAGUUAGUAUGGGUAAUGCUAUUAAGUACUUGAAAUGGAAUAUAUCACACAUACCACCAGACAGCUCGGAAAUAGAGGCAAAAAAGGCACUGAUAGAUUGUAUUGACAGUUUUGUGAGAGAGAAGAUAUUGCUUGCUGGUGAUGGCAUUUCUAAAUAUGUGAAAGAUGAGAAGAAGAUUAAUGACGGUGAUGUCAUAGUAGUAUUUGGAAGUUCGUCACUAGUGAAGAAGGUCCUUUGUGAUGCACAAGCGAGAAAGAUCCGUUUUAGGGUCAUUGUAGUGGAUGGUCAACCCAAGAUGGAAGGCCGGGAAAUGUUGAGGAAACUUGUGAGGGGAGGAAUCAAAUGUUCCUAUGUUCUCAUGAAUGCUGCUUCCUAUGUCAUGCAAGAGGCGACCAAGGUGUUUCUAGGUGCCCAUGCCUUACUCGCCAAUGGAUGUGUCAUGUCUAGAGUAGGCUCCUCUCUCAUCGCUCUCAUUGCCAAGUCCUACAACAUACCAGUCCUCAUUUGCUGUGAGACCUACAAAUUCUGUGAGCGAGGACAAACUGACUCGUUUGUAUUUAAUGAACUAGGGGACCCUGAAGAUCUGGUAUCUAUUGGCAACAAGACACAAUACCUAACACAUUGGAGAGACCAUACGUCCUUGACCUUGCUCAACCUUGUGUAUGAUGUAAUGCCCCAGGAGUUUGUGUCUUUGGUGAUAACAGAACUUGGACUUAUUCCUUGCACAUCUGUACCUGUAGUGCUCAGAAUGCAGCAGAUAGAGACCAAUGAAACUUGAGGACAGUAAACUCACCUAGCCAAUCAAAUGUGAUAUAACAAUGCUGAUUUGAAAGUGCCAUUGGUUUUCUUUUCAGUGGAUAAAAGAGACUUCUAUUGAUGAUCAAUUUAAGAUUAUCUUGAUUGACAUUGUGAAAGUUCCUGUAAGCCUAGUGCAAUGUAACUUGGAGGAAUUGUGAAAUAAAUAAAUUGUGCUGUACAACCCAA